CUAUCCCGGACCUGUUUUCGUGCGAUUCACGUUAAACCUAAACCAAGAUGUCGAAUAUGGCGCUAUAGCAGUUGAAUUAAUAUAGAAAUUGUAUUUUUUAGUCAUAGAAAAUACACGAAGUUCGGGGUGUUUAAUUUUAAAAACGUUUUUUUGUGAUAAAAUUAGUGACAAGGUGUGUUUUGUUGAAACGACGCCAACUGUGAAAAUAACGGUUCGAAAUCUACCACGUUUUUAAAUUUCAACACGUUUUUCCUUCAUUAAUUUCGCUGAAAUUGUGAUAAAAUGCUUUCGUUCAUAAUUUACAAAGAGCCGUGAUACUGGGUUUCGAUAUUAUACGUGGCAGAAAACGAAAUUUCCAACGCAUAGUUUCUGUGUUUAAUUUUGACUUUCUCACUUACCAAAUCACCUAUAGUUAUUUUUUUGUUAAUUUUUUUUCGAAGAAAAUGUGCGUUAAAUAAGGCUGCAUUAAAAUUAUAAUAAUUUGUAAUAAAUCGAAAAACGUAAACAUUAAAAAAAUAAUGAUGGGAAAGGUAAAUUAACAAUAAUGUGAAUGUCUGCAGUGUUGCUGUGAGUUUCCCUUAAAAAUUGUGCUUAAAUGUGUAUGCUAUGGAAAUUCAUUCCAUGAGGAUAAAUGAUCAUGGGCCAGUUCAGACUAAUACAAUGUCAUACCCUCAAAGGCAAACUCAAAAUCAUAGACCUAACCACAGCCAAACGGCGACGCAUUCGGCCGCCGAUAUAUACAAGCCAUCCAGGUCCCCCAUAUCGACUGCAGCGGCCCGUUACCCUUACCCAUCCUCACCCCAGCUGCAACCACAACCUCAGAAUGUACCCCCUCAACAGCAACGCUACCAGCAGCCUUCACAACAACAGCAGCAGCAGCAACAACAACCGUCACCGGCCCCGGUACCGGUGGCGGUGUCACAACCGCCGCCUCCGCCCAUUAUAUCCAGCGUCUUCCAUCGCGACUACCGGCAAAACCGGAUAUCGCUGCUGCAUCCCGAGUACGGGCCGGGCGGUCGGCCCAGGCCCGACCAUCACCAGCCGAACGUCCAGCAGGGAGUGGUGUGCGUCGAUGGAGGCGGGGGCGGUAUCAGCAUCGGCGUUGCCGGCAUCGCUGGUGGUGGAGGACUCGCGAGCGGCCAGCAACCGCUGAAGAAGAUGCGAUUGCAGGACAAGGAGGCAGUGCAGCCGCUUAGGAUCGACACACGGCCGGGGGCGUAUAAUCCACCGCUCGAGGCAAUUUCGCCGACUUUGCCGGAUCAGAUGACUCAGGACGACCAGGCGUUCCGGACAACCAAAGACGAACUCAUCCAGCAGAUAGGAAAGGUUGACAGGGAAAUCGCCAAGGCAGAGUCGCAGAUAUCGAUAUUGAAGAAGAAACAAGCAGAACUGGAAGAAAUCGCCAACAAACCGGCGGUCAAGUCUGAAGUGGAAGAAGAUACGACACCGAAACACCAGAGUUUACCGCAGAAAAUCUAUGCGGAGAACCGAAAAAAGGCCCAGAAUGCUCACGCUCAACUCGAUUCUCUGGGCCCGAAAGUGGAAUGGCCGUUAUACAACCAGCCCAGCGACGCGUCCGCUUAUCAAGAAAACAAGAGAAAAAACGUAGCUUUUAAGAGGAGGCUGUUAGAAUAUUUUAAAAAACGAAAUACAGAAAAAGAAUCCAGGAAUUCCUAUUUGACUGACACGUAUAGUAAGAUGAUGCAGGAUUGGCUGAGGAAGGUCGACAAGAUUGAAUCUAGUACAAAACGAAAAGGAAAAGAGGCAAAAAACAGGGAAUUCUUCGAGAAGGUUUUUCCGGAAUUGAGGAAACAACGGGAGGAUAAAGAAAGUCUUAUUAUUUGCAGAUUCAAUCGAGUCGGUUCCCGAGUAAAAUCGGAGGCCGACAUGGAAGAAAUCAUGGACAACCUCCAAGAACAGGCGCUCGAGGACAAGAAGAUGCGGAGCUACGCCGUCAUUCCGCCCAUCCUUUUCGAUCAACGCGAGAGGAAAAUCAAGUUCGACAACCACAACGGCUUCCUGGAGGACAUGGAACCGGUUUACAAGAGCAGGCAGAUCCUCAACGUGUGGUCGAACACGGAAAAAGAAAUUUUUAAGGAGAAGUACCUUCAGCAUCCGAAAAAUUUCGUUGUUAUAGCGUCAUAUUUAGAUAGGAAGUCGGUGGCCGACUGUGUACAGUACUAUUAUUUAAGUAAAAAGACAGAAAAUUAUAAACAGUUGUUUAGGAAGGCGCGGCAGCGGACGAGGAGCUCCAGGAAUAAUACGCAGAAAGUUAAUAGUAGUGCCAAUACAUCUGUGGUCGAUAUUAUGACGCCAGGUGUAACGACCCGCCUCCAACGAGAACAACAAGCGAGGACCGUAGUGCAACCUUCGCGAAACGAGCCCGGUAGUCAGCCUCAACAACCGACCGGUGAACCCCCCGCCACGGCGGCCACACCGCCCGCGGCUUCGACACCUACACCUGGAGCCACGACAACAACGCCGACAUCUUCGGUGGCAAGUCCGCCGGGCGCGGCGAUUACGACGCCGACGACGGCGGGCGCCAUGCCCACCCCUUCACCCACCACGGCCACCACCUCCUCGGAGAUGGCGUCCACCAGCACUUCUGUGAUUUCGAGUAGUAAUAGCGGGACGUCGUCGGUGGUGGUGACCGCUUCGGUAACGACGACGAAUUUGGAGGGUGAGAACGUCAUUGGGGCGACCGCGAUUCAGGAUACAACAACCACGACAUUGACCUCGACGUCGUUAGAGGACGUGAAGCCAAAGACUUUCCUCGGGUUUUCGGGUACGCCGGUGAGUACGUCAACGGUGACGUCGUCGGAGGAUCUGGCGACUUCUGGUGGCAAAUGUGUAUUUUCUUGUGGCGAGGAUGUAGUGAAAACGGGGAAUGGAAGUUCGAUCAUGCCAGAUGGAAUAAAACAGGAAAUCUUGAUGGACGGAGUAACUGUCAAAAAGGAGUUGGAAUCUCCUCAAGAAAUAGUUAGUGAUCAAAACAUGACAUCUACGUUAGGAGAAAAUAAAAAGAAGAAGGAGAGAAGAAAAGAAAAAGAUGCUCUGGUCGAAACCAGUGACGAAGAAGCUAACAAUAUUCAAGACAAAGCAGUCCAAGGAAACUGCGUGGUGUGUCAGGCCCAAUUAGGUCCUCAGCUCCAUUCCAGACCUUUAGCUCCCAGUCAGGCGUCCGUUUAUGGACUUCGCGAAGAUCAAGUACCACCAAAUUCGAGAGUAUGUAAUACCUGUCGUUGCAAGUCUGUCCGAUCCCGUUAUACUCAUUGCCCUCUGCCAUCCUGUCCAAACUCGAGAGGUAGAGUCAAACGACUUAGAUCGUUUCCAGACCGAUUGCAAGAUCUACCUGCGGAAGUCAAAGAACCGUUGCUGGCUGAAUUUCGAGUGCCCAGUGGAGUAACGAAGUGUUGCUCGGCUUGUUACAACAGAAUUCAGCGAAGACUGGGCCCUGUAGAGGAUUGGUCGGAAGAAGAAUUUAAUAAACUUAAGGCAGCUCUUACCGAAUUAGGCACCAACUGGCAAUUGAUCGGGGACAGAUUGAAUAAACCGCCACAAAAAGUUAAGAUGUUCGUUGCAGCAAAUCGCAAAAAACUGAAGAAUUGCUUCGGAGAGGAUCGAAAACCAGCUUUAUCCACUGACGAAGAAAGCGGUUCUAGCACUUCGAGUUGCGACGAGCCACUGAUAGACGGCGAUAGACAUUCUAGUGACACUGCUAGUGCUGCAGAAAGCCCGCCUGUUCAGGGCUUAAAUGAUAGUACAGUGAAAAAAGUAGAUUAUGAUUCUAGUGCAACUGAAACAGCAGAUGAGGCUCAAACACCUGAUCACUAUCAAGCAGCAACCAUAACGCCUGUUACUAAUGAUGGACAACCAUUAAGUGUUAAAGAUCUCGUAUUAAAUGUGAUAGAAUUUUCUUUAAUGAAAAACGCGGGAGGCCAACAACAGACGCAAAAUCCUCCAACAAGUGGCAUGGCGCCUACAAUUUCUUCAAUAUUAAAUAAUGAUUCCAAUGAAGUUACUAUAGUUAGCGAAUAUAAUCUCAAUAAUUUGAACAGUCAACAAAGACAGCAGAUACAACAACGUUCUGAUCUUAACUUAGCAAAAUUGGUUACACCCUUAAUAGGAGCGACAAUAACGCCUGUUUCUGGACCUGUACAAACGCAGUCUCAGUCGGAGCCCAUGCAGACGUCCCGAGAUGAUUUAAUCGUGUUGCAAGUUCCGGACGGUCGAGAACCAGAAACUUUAGAUCUUAGUAUAAAGAAACCUAGAGAACCACCUCCACCUGCCCACACAAAACAUCAACCUCAACCACAGUCUCAGCCGCAGCAGCAGCAGCAGCAACAGCAGCAGCAACAACAACAACAAAUACAUCGUUCCGAUCCUUAUAUGUACCACCAAGAACGGAAGAGUCCAGCCUUUUCGAUAAGGACACAACCCAAAAUAUCUAGUCCGAAACCUGCUAAUCCAAAAUCAGGCUCGAUCACCUUAGGGACUCCAAUAAUGUCUCAACCACGAUAUGAAGUUCUCAGACAAAUGCCUGAAACUAAGAUGGGCUCAAUUACCCAAGGUACACCAGUUAUUCCACAUAAUAUGCAAGAAAAAAGAGUAUACGAUUAUUAUAACAAAAGAGGAACAGUACCACCACCGCCACCACAAAGUCAAAAUCAGCAGUUGCAAUAUCCAGGACAAUAUAGGCAACCCGCUUACAAUGUCGAACAACAAUUGAGCUCUAGGCAAAUAAUUAUUAACGAUUAUAUUACAUCGCAGCAAAUGUUAAGUAGGAGGAAUGAAAAACCUCAGUAUUAUCCGGCUAAUUCUCCUCAUCGCACCCCACCACCGCCGCAGCCUGGACAACAACAAAGACAAGGUGUUAUACAGAGACACACUAGGCCACAAUAUUUGCAACCGGGACACGAAGCCUUAUCUUCUUUAGUUGAUGUUGCCGUUCAACAACCUUCUUUACCAGUUCCAAGUGCUCACGAAGGUCUUGGAAAAACAAUGGCUGAUAAUAUAUUAGAGCAACCUCACAGAUAUCAGAUGAUUCAGCAUCAACAACAGCAAUUAAGGCAACAGCAGCAGAGAAUAGAGGAACAACGAAGAGCAGUUUUUCAUCAGGCACAGCAACAGCAGCAUCAACAGCAGCAACAACAACAGCAUCAACAGCAGCAGCAGCAACAUCAACAACAGCAGCAGCAGCAACAUCAACAACAGCAGCAGCAGCAACAUCAACAACAACAGCAGCAACAUCAACAGCAUCAGCAGCAACAACAACAUCAGCAGCAACAACAGCAUCAGCAGCAUCAACAGCAGCAACAACAGCAUCAGCAGCAACAACAACAGGUGCAACAUCAACAAAAUAGGCAACCGGUACGACCCGAUAACAGUACUUUAACUGCAGCUAGCUUAAUCGAUGCCAUUAUAACGCAUCAGAUAAAUCAGACCGCCGAAGGAGGUAGAGAAGUUGUUACGAAUACUAGAGAGCAAAGAGCGGGAGAUCUGCUUUUCCAAAAGUUCCACCGCGGCGAACCGCCUCCGCAGCAGGCUCAGGAUAACGGAGAGAGGCCGUCAUCGGUUAUAAGUGUCGAUUUGGACGGAGAUACUAUAAAUAAGAAUCUUACAGUGAAAGAGCUAACCGACUCUGUCAUUAGUCACGAUUUCGGAGCCCGACAACCUUAUUAUCAUUUACAAGAAAACAUGAACGAACAAUGGAAACGAAGAAUACAACAGCAACAUCAACAUCAUAACGAUGACAAACGUUCUCAAACGCCGCUUCAAGACGAAAGACAGAUUAUAAGGAUUGCUCAGCCGCAACAAAAGUAUAUAGAGAGGGUGGAGUCUGCAUCGCCUGAUAACAAUCAUUGGUCCGAACAGAAUUUCCGAAGAUAUCCCCAAAAUCAGCCACACAUCUCUCCCUUAGAUUAUGUAAAAAAUAGAAUUGUAGAAGUUAUGAGAACCGAAGAUGAUAAUAAGAAAGAUCUCCAAGAUGGUUCACAUUCCCAGGAGAAAGAUCGCAGCGACAGUCCCGGCGAUAUGGUGAUCGAUGAAGAAAAACACGAAAACGAGUUUAGUCAGCAGCAGCAGCAGCAGCAGCAGCAGCAGCAGCAACAAAGUUCCCAGCAGCAGAGCGGCUUUUAUUCUUUCAUUCAUAAAGAUUCCACUGCCAAUGACAAUUCGAGAAUUAAUGAACCUAAACCUCUGUUGAGUGCGCAGUACGAGCCGCUUUCUGAUGAGGAUUAACGUUUGAAGAUAUCUGUGUUUUAGACUUUUUUGAAGUUUUCUUCUUGUCUGUACAUAAUAAGUAAUAAGUGAUAUUUUAGGAUAUGUUUAAUGUUAUUUACACUUGGAACCUGGCCCUUGAUUGAUACUUUUCAUAAAUAUGUGGUUUGUGGAACUGAAAUUUAUAUUUUUUAUCCGACUGAAUAUCUUCAUAUUGAUUAAUAUUAUAAAUUAUACGACAUUUGAUUAUUUUUUUUUAUAUAUAUAAAAAAAAAUAAUAUAUCAAUUGUGUAAUGUCUAAUGACUGUUUGUUUUGUAAAAAAAUUAGAUUGACUAAAUCAGUCUGGAGAUAUAUAGUUGUUUUAUAGAAUACAAUGUGUCUAUUAGAUCUCGUAUAUACGUUGAAAAUUAUUUUUGACUAAAAUGGGAAACUUACACUGGUGUUGUAUGAAUGAAAUAAAAAAAAAUUAGGGAUUUAUUUAUUAAAGUUAAAAUUUAACUUUUAUUAAAAAUGUGUUUUCAAAUUAGUGCAGCUCAUUACAGCAUUCGUUUGGAAAACUGUUUAGAUUUUUAUCUUGUGAGGAAAAUUGUACUGAUUAUAAAAAUGAAAAUAAGCAAUCACUGAGUUUAAAAAAAAUGUUUAUAGAUACACAACAUCAGAUUUAAGGUUACAAUUGUUUUUUUCAAUUUAUAAUGAUGUUUUAGCGUUCAUUGAGUGAAAUGGAUUUCAUAGCAUGAACGCCACGACUACCUGAAAGCGCAUUGGUUGAAAUAACAGUUGUCUUUUGUUGUCUUUAGCUGUCUUCAUUUGUCUUCAAAUGAAUUAAUUGUCUUUAGUUGUCUUCAUUUGUCUUCAUUUGUUUUCAUCUGUCUUCAUUUGUCUUCAUUUAUAUUCGUCUUCAUUUAUAUUUGUCUUAAUUUGUCUUCUUUUCUCUUCUUUGGCGUAAUUUAUCUUCGUUUGUCUCUUCAUUUGUCUUCAUUUAUAUUCGUUUUAAUUUGUCUUUAUGUUUCUUCAUUUGUCUUAUUUUGUCUUCUUUGUCUUAAUUUGUCUUCAGUUGUCCUUAAUUGUAUUUAAUAUUGUCUUCAAUAUUAUCUUUAAAUAAUGUUUACGCUUUAGUCCAAAAUAUGAGUUGAAGUUGUUGAACGCAUCGUGACAUUUAUGUGUCAUGACAGAUAAUGACAAUUGUUAUUAGGAUUUCUUCUUUCCCAGUUAAAAAGAAAUUAUUUUAUUUGCGUUAAGUGCAUACGCCAGAGCACGCAAGCUUACGUAUGAACGUGAAGGAUAUUUUAAUGCGCAUGGGUAGAUGUGUAGACGUGUUUUGAAAAAACCACAUGUCAGUUUUUCAGAAAUUUUAUGAUAUGACACAUGGGUCUAUAACAUAAGUAUCUAAGUCCCUUGGGUGGAGAAAAUCCGCCAAAUUACCGGUAGUCCAAGAUACGAACGGUUAAUUUCGACCAUUUUUUUCAUAAACCUCAUAAUAUGUCACCGGCAGUUUUCAUUAAAUACAACAAAAGUUAAAUUUGAAGACAACUGGAGUUUAUGCAAAGAACACUUCA